AUGCGGGUGGUAACAAAAUUAGCAUUGAUAGGUUUAGGCACUGCUGCUGCCGUUUCGUAUACAAAUGCAGGCCAUGUUCUACAAUUUAGACCCUACCAAGGUUCGAAAUGGCAAGAGUUGAAUAACGAUGUUGAAUCGAUAUUAAAUAGAGACGUGAAAAACGAUCCUAUUCAAAGACAGUUGGCUAAAGAGAAAUUGAUAGGAGGUGAUUUGAUUACUACUAGACAAUCUGCUGAAUUGUUAAAGGAUUUAUGGAAUAAAGAAAUCAGAGGAUUAAUGAGUUGGAUUUAUUCCUUUUCCUCUACAAGAAAUUAA